AUGGAGUCACUCACUAAAUCAUUCGAUGAAAAAGAAUGGGUUGUUCGAGUUAGUCGAACGUUAGAUGAAGAGCUUGAUGAGGAAAUGAAUAUUUCAGUUAGUAUCUUCAACGUUCCAAAACCGCUUUUGAAUAGCAACCCUCAUUCUUAUGUUCCACAACAACUUGCAAUUGGGCCUUACAAUGAUUACACUCCUCAGCACUGUGAAAUGGAGAGACGGACUCGAUACCAGAGGUACCUCGAUCUCAAUUGUGACACUCUGGCUUGGAUCAUGGCUUUGGAUGCUUGUUUCUUGCUCGAAUUCCUCCGGGUUUUCGCCAUUAGAGAAGAAGGGAAAAAAAUCGCGCAUAAUGCGAUUUUGAGAGACAUUGUGAUGUUGGAGAAUCAAAUUCCUAUUUUCCUGUUGAGGCAAGCGUUGGAAUUCCAAUUUUCAUCGUUGGAUUUGGCUGAUGAACUGCUGGUUUCGAUGCUGAUUGGAUUUUGCGACCAGAUUUCGCCGUUCAAAGGAACUAUAGAUGGAUUGACUAAUGCUCAAUUGCUUCUAAUAAAAUGUGCUCAUUUGCUAGACAUUUUGUACCAUACCAUCGUGCCCAAAUUUCAAGAACUAUCUGUCACACCUAAUAUUGAUACUACCGAAAUUGAUGAUGAGGAGGAACAAGAUGAUGUAGAACAACUCAAAGGCUCUGGAGAAAUUAGAAGAUCUUUCAAAAAAUCAGGCAAUGUUCAGAAAGUUUUUGGUACGAUUCGUAAGGCUUUCUCGUGUUUGAAUAAGGUUCAGUCGUUGGAACAACCAAUAGACAACAUCUUGUCUAAGGCCGCUUUUGAGAGGCCUCUCUUGAUGGAAGAAAUCGUGAUCCCAUCCGUCACCGAGCUCUCCAAAGCCGGAGUCAAAUUUUCACCGACUUACACCGGCAUCUUUAGCAUCAAAUUCGAUGUUAUAACCACAACAUUCUAUCUCCCCAUGGUUACUUUAGACGUGAAUUCCGAAAUCAUGUUCCGGAAUCUAGUGGCAUACGAAGUGUGUAGCGCUUCGGGUCCACUGAUAUUCACUCGAUACACGGAAUUAAUGAACGGGAUUGUUGACACCGAUGAGGAUGUAAAGAUUCUAAGGCAAAAUGGGAUCAUUGUGAACCAUUUGAAGAGUGAUAAGGGUGUGACAAAACUUUGGAAUGGGAUGAGCAGAUCGAUUAGGCUUACAAAGGUUGAUUUUUUGGACAAAACCAUUGGAGAAGUGAAUAAGUAUUACAAUGGCAGUUAUCCCUCCAAAAUUCCAGCAAAUACACGAAAUCCCACUUCAGACUUCACUAAAAAUGCCCCAAAACCACCAUCAAAAUCCAAUCUUUCCAUUCCUAAAACCCUUCCCAAAACCUCCCCUGAUUCCCGUGACCUUCUGGAUUUAAACCCCUCAAUAGUUCUUGAAAUGCUCUAUUGUUAUGGAAAUGACUGGCAAAAGGCGUUGGAAUUCUUCAUUUGGGCUGAAAAUGAACCUGGGUUCCAACACACGACUGAAACUUACAAUCGGGUCAUUGACAUUCUUGGUAAGUUUUUUGAGUUUAAUACUGCCUGGAGUUUGAUUGAGAGAAUGGGAACGAAGUCACCUGAUUCGAAGCCCGAUCGGGCGACAUUUCGUGUUAUGUUUAAGCGUUAUGUUUCUGCGCAUCUAGUUAAAGAAGCUAUUGAUACUUUUAGAAGAAUGGAAGAAUUUGAUUUGAAAGAUGAAGUUUCCUUUUCUAAUUUGAUUGAUGCUCUGUGCGAGUAUAAGCAUGUUAUAGAAGCUGAAGAGUUGUGCUUCGGAAAGAAUAAGGAUUUCGAUGAAGUGAAGUACUAUAAGUUAGAUACGAAGAUCUAUAAUAUUAUUCUCCGUGGGUGGUUUAAAAUUGGGUGGUGGAAGAAAUGUAGAGAGUUUUGGGAAGAAAUGGAUAAAAGGGGAGUUCAGAAAGACUUGCAUUCUUAUUCUAUUUAUAUGGAUAUACUGUGCAAAAGUGGAAAGCCCUGGAAGGCUGUGAUGUUGUACAAGGAGAUGAAGCGGAAGAGGAUCAAACUGGAUGUCGUGGCGUAUAACACGGUUAUUCGGGCUAUUGGGAUUUCAGAUGGGGCUGAUGUGUCAAUUAAGCUUUACCGUGAGAUGAUUGAAUUGGGUUAUGAACCCAAUGUUGUGACCUACAACACUAUUAUCAAGCUUUUGUGUGAUUAUGGUAGGAACAGCGAAGCAUAUAAUAUGCUCAAUGAGAUGUUCAGGAAGGGUUGUAAGCCGGAUGUUAAAACUUACCAUUGCUUUUUCAAAUGUUUGCAAAAGCCACAGGAGAUUUUGGAUUUGUUUGAUAGGAUGCUUAAAGCUGGAGUGCAGCCGAGCAUGGACACAUACGUUCUGCUUAUGAGGAAGUUUGGAAGGUGGGGCUUUCUCCGACCUGUAUUUCUUGUUUGGAAUAAGAUGGAAGAGCUCGGGGUGAGUCCAGAUGAGUUUGCAUACAAUGCUCUAAUUGAUGUUUUGGUGCAAAAGGGCAUGUUAGAUAUGGCGCGCAAGUAUGAUGCUGAAAUGUUAGCAAAAGGACUCUCAGCUAAGCCCAGGGUAGAACUGGGGACCAAGCUCAUAACCAGAUCCUUUGCUGGACCCCGUGAACAUGGGAGUUUCUAUGCACCAGGCUGGCUUACAUGCAAGGUUCCUCUUGGAUGUGUAGACCAGACUGUUUCUCAGUUAGAAGGCAGUACCCUUCCUGAUUAUAUAACCCUUGAAGAAGAGCUUGAAGAAGAUACAGAGGUGCCUGUUAGCAUUUUCUAUGUUCCCAAACCCCUCAUGAUAAGUGAUCCAGAUUGUUACAGACCCCAACAAGUUGCAAUAGGUCCAUACCAUCACUGGCGAUCAGAACUUUACGACAUGGAAAGAUAUAAGCUUGCUUCAGCCAGAAGAACUCAAAAGCAGCUGCAGAAUCUCAAGUUUCAACAGCUGGUUGAUCGGUUAACAAUAUUUGAGCAUAGGAUCAGAGCUUGCUACCACAAGUACUUAGAUUUCAAUGGAGAAACCUUAGCUUGGAUGAUGGCCAUGGAUACAUGUUUCUUACUCGAGUUUCUUCAAACUUACGCGUCAAAAGAAGGUAGAGUGUUAACUAGAGUUUCAUCAAGAAUGUCACAUUUGGUUGAUAUUGCAGGGAGAAAAUCAGCACAUAAUGCAAUUCUUAGGGACAUUGUGAUGCUUGAGAAUCAGAUCCCGCUAUUUUUGCUGAGGAAAACAUUGGAACUCCAGUUAUCAUCGUUAGAAGUGGCAGAUAACAUCUUAUCAUCAACGUUAAUAGGAUUUUGCAAAGAGCUUAUGCCAUUCAAAAUGAUGGAAGAUCUUCCAAAUGUUAAAGUCGAUGAUUGUGUUCAUCUGCUAGACUUUUUGUACCAUGUUAUGGUGCCCACCUUAGAGGAACAGCGUGAAGUGACUGAAAUCGAUGAGGAAGUUGAAACAGUCAGAGAAACUGAAGAAAGUUGCAGUGGGAAAUCAUAUUACAUCAAAAAAUUUCUGCUUCUCCCCUGCAAAAUAUUGUCGAAAAUGAACAAAGCCCCGGUAAAUUUAAUCAAAAGAAUAAUGUUUUCAAGGCUUUUUAAAGUCGCAUUAAAGUUGCCUUGGAGUGUUAUCUCUAAUCUGCCUGGACUUAGACUCAUUACAAUGCCGAUUGAAUAUUUGUGCUUUUCUGAAGACAAAGAACAUGGGAAACAAGAAGAUCCUAUUACAGCUAAUUCUAACAUCGAUGAACCUCCAUUGGUGGAGGAAAUCACAAUCCCAUCUGUAGUUGAGCUUUCAAAAGCCGGUGUACAAUUCUUCCCUACAAAAGAAGGGAUUUUGAGCAUAAAGUUUGAUGAACAAUUGGUAGCAAUAUAUCUCCCUACAAUCAGUUUAGACGUGAACACUGAGAUUGUAUUGAGAAAUCUGGUUGCAUACGAAGCUUGCAACGCAUCAGGGCCGCUGGUUUUUACUCGUUACACGGAAUUAAUGAACGGGAUUAUCGACACUGAGGAGGAUGCAAAGCUUCUUAGGGAAAAAGGGAUCAUCUUGAAUCGAUUGAAGAGCGAUGAAGAAGUGGCAAACAUGUGGAAUGGGAUGACCAAAUCGGUUAGGUUGACAAAAGUACCAUUUUUGGACAAAGUGAUUGAAGAUGUGAAUCAGUAUUACAAUGGGAAAUGGAAGGUCAAGAUUGCUAAAUUCAUGGAGCUUUAUGUGUUUAAUUCAUGGCAGUUUCUCACGUUAAUGGCGGCUGCUCUUCUCUUGUUGUUGAUGACAUUUCAAGCGUUUUGUUCGAUUUACACUUGCUCACACAUUUUGCACUUUAAAAGAACCCAUUAA